AUGCUUAUCACAAAUCUGCAAAAGGAGAAUUCUCGAUGUUUUCACCUCCUACUUCGCAAACAAGCAACCGCAUUGUAUUUUCCCACAGCUACACCCAAACAAGUCGCUGUUGUGGCGCGCCGGUGUCCAGCGGCAUUCCUUGGAACUCCCGCGGGCCGCGCGGUGGCCCCUGAGGAAAGCUACGGGGAGGAGGGGGCUGAUCCUACCAGCGCGUUAUCCAUACCAGACACAGAACGAUCCUCUUCUCCCCCAUUCCUCCGUCAGCUGCACCCCCGACUCCUUUCGGGGCAUUUCCCAAGUACAGAGCCCCGGGCUCCCGCCAGAAGACCCGCAGACACGCACCUCCAAGGCAGCCGGGAGCGGAAGGCGACGGCCGUAUUCCGGCCAAGCCUCGGACGGCGGGGAGAGCCCGAGCCCUCCGCCCGCCUCACGACCGGACCCGCUACGCCCAGAGCCCGGUGGCCCCAUCUCCCUCCCUCCUUUCCCACACGGCAUCCAACCCCCGUGGCCGCCGUGCUCGGAACCGGCCGGAAAGGCCCGCCAGGCCGCGCGCUACCUUCCCGGGGCGGUCCGGACCGUCUCCCGCCGCCGCCGCCGCCGCCGCCGCCGCCGCCGCCGCCGCCGCCGACGACCUCAGAGGGACGCCCCCACCACCUCUGCCCGCGCUCCGUCCGGCGCCUCCAUGACAGCCGGGCCCCGCCGCCAGGGCCGGCCCUGCGCAGGGGGCGGGACGCCCUCGCCGCGGCCAAUCAGAGCCACGCCCCGCGAGCCCGGGGCGGGACUACGCCGCCGCUCGAGGGCGCCGUGCGGGCACAGCCGGCCGCUAGGGGGCGGCGGCAGGAGGAGCGCGGGGCCCGGGUGUGAGGGGAGCGCCGGGGUCCCACAGGAUCCCACAGGAUCCCACAGAGCGCGCGGGAGACAAGGAGCUGCGGGAGCGGGUCGGCAGAGACCCCACCAGUGAUCUGGGAUCAGGAGCACCUCCCGUACGAGGAGAGACUGCGGGAGCUGGGCUUGUGUAGGUCGCAGAAGACUGAGAGAGGUGUCAUUAAUGCAUGCAAAUAUCUCAAAAUGGGGUGCCAAGAGGAUGGUGCCAGGUUCUUUUCAGUAGUGCCCAGCAGUAGUAUGAGGAGUAAUAGCCAUAAACUGCAACACAAAAAACUCCACUUCAGCGUGAGGAAGAACUUUACACUGAGAGUGGCAGAGCACCGGAACAGGCUUCCCAGAGAGAUUGUGGAGUCUCCUGCUCUGGAGAUAUUCCAAACACACCUGGAUGCAUUCCUGUGUAAUCUGCUGGAGAUGACCCUGCUUUGGUGGGGGGAUUGGACUGGACGGUCUCCAGAGAUCACUUCCAUCUCUAACUAUGUUAUGAUUCUGUGAUUCUGUACAUAUAUGCUUCACAAAUUAAAAAAAAAAAAAAAAUUGAUUAAAA